AUGGUUUCUCCAAUUAAGUUGAUGAUUGCAGAGGAAGAAAAGUUCCAGGUAAAAGCAUUGUCCUUAUCCCAUACAAAGACUGCAAUCAGUAUCAUAAAGGACAAAUUCAGUCCGCAACAGCUACGAAGGCUUGAAGAGAGUUGUUUUGGUCAUCUCCUACUGAUUGAGGACCUGAAAUGGACUUCGCCAAUUGUCCACGGCUUGUUGCUGAGGAAGGCUGAUCCGAAGACAGUUUCCCAAGUGAACGGGAUAAAAUUCAUCACUGAAAAUAAGGUGAUCCAAUUCACGGCGCAACAAUUUUGCGUCAUCACAGGGCUAAGGUUUGGAAACCUUCCCUUCAUUCCGAUUGCCACUAAUGAGAACUGCUCAUUGAAAAGGAAGUCCUUUGGCAAUGAUAAAACUGUCAACCUUUUGGAAUUAGAAAAAGCCUUCCUCGACUAUGCUGAUGCGGACGAUGUAUUCAAGCUUGGAUUUUUAUACUUUGUUGUUUUUGUGCUGUUGGGCAGUGAAAAACGUAUCACAUUGACAUGCGGUAUUUGA